AUGUCUGGUGGGGCCAGCGCCACAGGCCCAAGGAGAGGGCCCCCAGGACUGGAGGAGGCCACCAGUAAGAAAAAGCAGAAGGAUCGAGCAAACCAGGAGAGCAAGGAUGGCGAUCCUAGGAGAGGUGGGAGUGGCAUUCCUGGGACCUUUUGUUCGAGUCUCGGAGGCUGCCUGUCCAUCUUGGUUUCCCUAUUCUUUCCUUUGUUGUCAGGGUCAGCAUUCACUCCUCGGGAGGAGCAGACCAAAGAGGACUUAGGGCUCGAUUGGAGGCAGAGUGCUGAUGAGGUGAUUGUCAAGCUCCGCGUGGGAACAGGUCCUGUGCGGCUGGAGGAAGUUGACGCUGCUUUCACAGACACAGACUGUGUGCUGCGGCUCCCAGAUGGUCGGCAGUGGGGUGGUGUUUUCUACGCUGAGAUAGAGAGUUCUUGCACCAAAGUGCAGGCUCGCAAAGGUGGCGUCCUGCAGCUGUCACUGCCCAAGAAGGUGCCUCUGCUUACGUGGCCCUCUCUGCUGAAGAAACCUCUAGGGACCCAGGAGUUGGUGCCAGGGCUGCGGUGCCAGGAGAAUGGGCAGGAGCCAUCUCCCGUUGCCCUGGAGCCAGGCCCUGAGCCCCGGCGGGCUAAGCAGGAGGCCCGCAACCAGAAGCGGGCCCAGGGCCGUGGUGAGGUAGGCGCUGGGGCUGGUCCUGGGGCCCAGGCAGGGCCCAGCGCCAAGAGGGCCGUGCAUCUCCGCAGAGGGCCGGAGGGGGAAGGGGCCAGAGAUGGCCCUGGGCCUCGGGGUGAUGCCCCCCCAUUCCUGGCUGAGCCGGCCACCCAGGCUGAGGCUGAGGAACAGCUCCGUGUACCACCACUGACCCCCCAGACCUGCCUCCUGGGCUCAGAGGAGAAUCUAGCACUUUUGACAGGAAAGAAGGCAGCAGCCCCCAGGAGUGACCCAGUGUCCCCUACCAUGGCCCGGAGCAGAGACCCUGAGAAGGAUGAUCGUUCCAAGGAGGAGAUGGCCGUGGCCGCAGAUGCUGCGGCCUUGGUGGAUGAGCCCGAGUCCAUGGUGAACCUGGCAUUUGUCAAGAAUGACUCAUAUGAGAAGGGGCCGGACUCAGUGGUGGUGCAUGUGUACGUGAAGGAAAUCCGCAGGGACAGCUCUCGAGUGCUCUUCCGCGAGCAGGACUUCACACUUAUCUUCCAGACCAGGGAUGGAAACUUCCUGAGACUGCACCCAGGCUGUGGGCCCCACACCAUCUUCCGUUGGCAGGUGAAGCUCAGGAACCUGAUCGAGCCCGAGCAGUGCACCUUCUGCUUCACGGCCUCUCGCAUUGACAUCUGCCUCCGCAAGCGGCAGAGCCAGCGCUGGGGGGGCCUGGAAGCCCCAGCUGCACGAGUGGGUGGUGCAAAGGUCGCCGUGCCGACAGGUCCAUCCCCCCUGGAUUCAGCCCCACCGGGAGGCACACCCCAUCCCUUGACGGGCCAGGAGGAAGCCCGGGCCGUGGAGAAGGAGAAACCCAAGGCUCGAUCUGAGGACACAGGCCUUGAUGGGGUGGCUGCUCGCACCCCCAUGGAGCAUGUAGCCCCAAAGUCAGAGCCACACCUGGCGUCGCCCAAGCCCACAUGUAUGGUGCCUCCAAUGCCCCACAGCCCGGUGAGUGGAGACAGUGUGGAGGAAGAGGAGGAGGAAGAGAAGAAGGUGUGUCUGCCCGGCUUCACCGGCCUCGUCAACCUAGGCAACACCUGCUUCAUGAACAGCGUCAUUCAGUCUCUGUCCAACACGCGGGAGCUGCGGGACUUCUUCCAUGACCGCUCCUUCGAGGCUGAGAUCAACUACAACAACCCCCUGGGUACUGGUGGACGUCUAGCCAUUGGCUUUGCUGUGCUGCUCCGGGCACUGUGGAAGGGCACCCACCAUGCCUUCCAACCCUCCAAGUUGAAGGCCAUCGUGGCGAGCAAGGCCAGCCAGUUCACAGGCUAUGCCCAGCAUGAUGCCCAGGAGUUCAUGGCUUUCCUGCUGGAUGGGCUGCACGAGGACUUGAACCGCAUUCAGAAUAAGCCCUACACGGAGACCGUGGACUCAGAUGGGCGGCCUGAUGAGGUGGUGGCUGAGGAAGCCUGGCAGCGGCACAAGAUGAGGAAUGACUCUUUCAUCGUGGACCUGUUUCAGGGCCAGUACAAAUCGAAGCUGGUGUGCCCCGUGUGUGCAAAGGUCUCCAUCACUUUUGACCCGUUCCUGUACCUGCCGGUGCCCUUGCCCCAGAAGCAAAAGGUUCUCCCUGUCUUCUAUUUUGCCCGGGAGCCCCACAGCAAGCCCAUCAAGUUUCUGGUGAGCGUCAGCAAGGAGAACUCCAGUGCAAGCGAAGUGUUGGACUCCCUGUCUCAGAGUGUCCACGUGAAACCUGAGAACCUGCGUCUGGCUGAGGUGAUUAAGAAUCGCUUCCACCGUGUGUUUCUGCCCUCCCACUCACUGGACACCGUGUCCCCGUCUGACACACUCCUCUGCUUCGAGUUGCUGUCCCCAGAGUUAGCCAAGGAGCGGGUGGUGGUGCUAGAGGUACAGCAGCGCCCCCAGGUGCCCAGCAUCCCCAUCUCCAAGUGUGCAGCCUGCCAGCGGAAGCAGCAGUCAGAGGACGAGAAGCUGAAGCGCUGUACCCGGUGUUACCGUGUGGGCUACUGCAACCAGCUCUGUCAGAAAACCCACUGGCCUGAUCACAAGGGCCUCUGCCGCCCCGAGAACAUCGGCUACCCUUUCCUGGUCAGUGUCCCCGCCUCACGCCUCACUUACGCCCGUCUCGCUCAGCUGCUAGAGGGCUAUGCCCGGUACUCUGUGAGUGUGUUCCAGCCGCCCUUCCAGCCCGGCCGCAUGGCCUUGGAGUCCCAGGGCCCUGGCUGCACCACGCUACUCUCCACUAGCUCCCUGGAGGCUGGGGACAGUGACAGGGACCCCAUUCAGCCACCAGAGCUCCAGUUGGUGACCCCUGUGGCUGAGGGGGACACUGGGGCCUCCCGGGCAUGGGCAUCCCCUGAUCGGGGCCCUGUGCCCAGCACCAGCGGCAUUUCUUCUGAGAUGGUGGCCAGUGGGCCCAUUGAAGUUGGCGCCUUGACUGUUGGUGAGAGGGUGUCCCGGCCUGAAGCUGCCGUGCCCGGGUACCAACACCCAAGUGAAACCCUGAGUGCCCAUACUCCCCAGUUCUUCAUCUACAGAAUUGACGCGUCCAACCGAGAGCAGCGGCUAGAGGACAAAGGAGACGUCCCGCUGGAGCUGGGGGACGACUGCAGCCUGGCCCUGGUCUGGCGCAACAACGAGCGCCUGCAGGAGUUCGUGUUGGUGGCCUCCAAGGAGCUGGAGUGUGCCGAGGACCCUGGGUCUGCGGGCGAAGCUGCCCGUGCCGGCCACUUCACGCUGGACCAGUGCCUCAACCUCUUUACACGGCCGGAGGUGUUGGCACCUGAGGAGGCUUGGUACUGUCCCCAGUGCAAACAGCACCGCGAGGCCUCCAAGCAGCUGCUUCUGUGGCGCCUGCCCAAUGUGCUCAUCGUGCAGCUCAAGCGCUUCUCCUUCCGCAGCUUCAUCUGGCGUGACAAGAUCAACGACCUGGUGGAGUUCCCCGUCCGGAACCUGGACCUGGGCAAGUUCUGUAUCGGUCAGAAAGAGGAGCAGCUGCCCAGCUACGACCUGUACGCCGUCAUCAACCACUACGGGGGCAUGAUCGGCGGCCACUACACCGCCUGUGCGCGCCUGCCCAAUGACCGCAGCAGCCAGCGCAGCGACGUGGGCUGGCGCCUGUUCGACGACAGCACAGUGACAACGGUAGACGAGAGUCAGGUGGUGACGCGUUACGCCUAUGUCCUCUUCUACCGCCGGCGGAACUCUCCCGUGGAGAGGCCCCCCCGGGCAGGGCACUCUGAGCACCACCCUGAGCUGGGCCCUGCAGCUGAGUCCGCUGCCAGCCAGGCUUCCCGGAUUUGGCAGGAGCUGGAGGCCGAGGAAGAGCUGGGACCCGAGGGGCCUGCGCCUCUGGGUCCCUGGGGGCCCCAGGCCUGGGUGGGCCCCCCGCCACGUGGCCCUCCCACAGCAGACGAGGGCUGUCUCCGAUACUUUGUUCUGGGCACCGUGGCAGCUUUGGUGGCCCUUGUGCUCAACGUGUUCUACCCUCUGGUAUCCCAGAGCCCCUGGAGAUGA